AUGACACCGACGCUCGUCUUACUGCUCUUAGUUGGAGCUGUGGCUGCCAUACCAGACCAGUCCUCAAGGAUUGUCGGUGGGACAGCGACAACUAUCGACCGGUACCCCACAAUGGCAGCAGCACUUUUUUCUAGCAAUAUGGCCCAGUGGUGGCAAGGAUGUGGCUGUUCCAUUCUCAAUAACAGAGCCGUCCUUACAGCCGCACAUUGUAUUAUAGGAGAUCGUGUCGGUGUUUGGAGAGUUCGCGUAGGAUCUUCUUUUGGAAAUAGUGGCGGUGUUGUCCAUGAGGUCAACAGGCACAUCAUCCACCCUAAUUACAAUCAUCGUACAAAGGACGCUGAUAUUGCAAUCAUGCGUACAGUUUUACGGAUAAACUUCGUACGUAAUACCGUGCAGCCAGCUCGUAUUGCGGGUUCCAAUUACAACCUUGCCGAUAACCAAGUUGUUUGGGCAGCUGGAUGGGGAUCUACAAGGGUGAGAUAUCACGAAUGCAUAUUUUGAAUAAUAAUUGAAGUAUCAGUUUCCAGAGGUCUUUUUUGGU